UGUUGUCGUUGGAGCCCAGAGUCCUUUGCUUUGGAAAGAUGGCGGCGGAACGGCAGCAGGAAACCGGCCUGGACGAGAAUAAGGAGAAUGAACGGCCUGUACCGGGAGAGAGCUCGGCAGCAAUGGGGGACAGCUUGGGGCUGGAGAUCCUCCAGAUCAUUAAGGAGUCACAGCAACAACACGGGAUGCGUCAUGGAGACUUCCAGAGAUAUAGGGGCUACUGUUCCCGCCGACUGAGACGUCUUCGGAAAACACUGAAUUUUAAGAUGGGAAAUCGGCAUAAAUUUACAGGAAAGAAAAUUACAAUAGAGAUGCUGUCUGACAACAGGUAUCUGCUGUUGGUCUUGAUGGAUGCUGAGAGGGCUUGGAGUUACGCCAUGCAACUUAAAAUGGAGGCUAACACGGAACCUCGCAAACGGUUUCACCUGCUCUCCCGCCUGCGGAAAGCUGUCAAGCAUGCCGAGGACCUUGAGCGGCUGUGUGAUAGCGAUCGGGUGGAUGCCAAGACUAAGCUGGAAGCUCAGGCAUACAUGGCUUACCUCAACGGGAUGCUGCACUUUGAACAGCAGCAUUGGGAAGAGGCCAUGAAAGCUUUCAACAAGUGCAAGACCAUUUAUGAGAAGCUAGCAAGUGCCUUCACAGAGGAACAGGCCGUGCUCUACAACCAAAGAGUGGAAGAAAUUUCUCCCAACAUCCGUUACUGCGCUUACAACAUUGGUGACAAGACAGCAAUGAAUGAGUUAAUGCAAAUGCGACUUCGCACUGGAGGUACAGAAGGGCUGCUGGCAGAGAAGCUGGAGGCUCUCAUAUCUCAGACCAGAGCAAAACAAGCAGCCACCAUGAGUGAGGUGGAAUGGCGAGGGCGUACUGUACCCAUCAAAAUUGACAAGGUGCGAAUUUUCCUGCUGGGGCUACCGGACACUGAAGCUGCUAUUGCUCAGGCUGAAGAUGAGGAGACCAAAGAACGGCUGUUUGAAUCCUCGUUGAGUGAGUGCAGAGAUGCCAUCCAGGGUGUACGAGAGGAGCUAAAAUCAGAACAGAGGCAGAGGGAAGCAUCCAUUGAUGGAGAGGCAGGAAAAGUGUCCAACUUACAAUACCUACAUAGUUAUCUGUCAUACAUCAAGCUGUCCACAGCAAUCCGUCGCAAUGAGAGCAUGGCCAGCGCUCUUCAGAAGGCUUUGCUCAAGCAGCCACAAGCCGAGGAAGAUGGCAAAAGGAAUCCAAGGCCGCAGGAUCUGAUCCGACUGUAUGAUAUCAUCCUCCAGAAUCUGGCAGAACUCACCCAGCUUCCUGGCCUAGAGGAAGAUCAGAGUUUCCAGAAAGAGAUCGAACUGAAGACGUUUGUGUACAAAGCAUACAGGUGUUUCUUCAUUGCCCAAUCCUAUGUCCUGGUAAAGAAGUGGAGCGAGGCGCUGGUCCUCUAUGAUCGGGUGCUGAAGUAUGCAAAGGAAAUUCAAACUAAAGCAGGAGCUGCUAAAAAGAGCCUAAUGGAGUUGCCUGAUGUGCAGGAACUGAUAAAGCAGGUGAAUUCUGAAAAGUACUCUCUGCAGGCAGCGGCCAUCCUGGAUUCCACUGAUGUGCCGGAGGACAUAUCUCCUUCCCAGGUUAAAGAUGGCAAGCCGCUGUCAGACCGCCUGGAUACUUUCUCUGUGGACCCCACUCUGGUCACCAAACAUGCCAACCUGGUACGCUUCCCUCCCGACUUCCAGCCCAUUCCCUGCAAACCUCUCUUCUUCGAUCUGGCCCUUAACCACGUCGCCCUGCCAUCCCUCGAGGACAAGUUAGAGCAGAAGGCCAAGAGCGGCUUGACUGGAUACAUCAAAGGCAUCUUUGGCUUCCGCAGUUAACAAGCUCAAUGAACAUGGAGAAACGGGGAGUAAUCCAUUUUAUGUUCCUCAGCGGCUCACACCCUCCACUCAUUUUCCUUCAAGGGAUGGGGGCGAUUAUCCAGGCUCUAGAUAUGAAUCUCUUUUUUUAUUUAUAGUAACAUUGCAAUCCCUUUUUGGAUACCAAGAAUAUGGCAUGUUUGUUCAAAAUGUGUACAUGAAAAGUCUGGACUGCACAGAAAACAUCAGUGCAUGUUCUCAGCAGAAAUUAAGUUUUAUUUAAUCUCCAUAAUGGGGAAAAAACCAUAUGUGGAGUAUUUUACCCAAUAGCUUUUUUUUUUUGCCCUUUGUAUUGAUUGCUGAUCAUUAAUUUAUGUAAUGCUGGAAUUAAUUCUUGCAGUAGUUACAUUCCCACCAGUCAAUCUAAAUGCCAUGCUACAUACUGUGAUAUUAUUUUGUGGGAAAAGUAUUUUUUUAAACUAAAAAUGAGGGUCAAUAAAAUGGCUUACUUCCA